ACGGGGCCGGCGCGGCCGCAGCGGCCGGACAGGGCAGGGGACAGCGGCGAGCCGGUGAGCCUGGGCACGGGGCGGGCACGGGGGGCUGCAGCCACGGGGGUCUGACGGGUGCUCUGUCCUUCUCCCACCUCCACAGACCCUCCCGGAGCCGCCGCCGCCGCCACCACCAUGCCGCGGCUUCCGCUCUUCCUCCCGCUCCUCAUCCUCGGCGGCGCCACGGCCGCGUCCGUCGUCACCCCUGGGCCGGCUGCCGGUGACCGGGCGCUGCUGGCCGAGCUGCUGGCGCCGGCAGAGCCCAUCCCUCCGCGGGCACCGGAGAUCCCGUGCCAGACCCUUCGCCCCGACGCCCUGCCCGGUUUCUCCCGGCUGCCACCGCUGCCCCGCGGCCUGGCGCGCGCCGCCAUGGCCCUGGCGCUGCUCAAGGCCGGCUGUGCCCCCCAGGCCGAUGCCGAGGCGCUGGAGCUGGCACGGGAGCUGGGGACCCCCACGGCCGCGGCGCUGCUGCGGGGGCUGGCGCGGCUACCGGGCGCUCCGGCCCCGCGGCCGCUGGCGCUGCUGCUCCUCGGGAACCAGCCCACGCCGCCGUCGGGCCGGGAGUUCCCGGUGGUCCGGCCGUGCCGCGGCGCCGCGCGGCGCCGGCGGGAGGACGAGGACGCGUGCAGCCCGGCGGGGGAGCGGGAAGCCCACCGGGUGCUGGACUGGGUGCCGGGAGUCAGCAUCUUCUACAACCUGGGCACCAGCGUCUACUUCGCCUUCCAGGGCUGCCAGGCCAAGGCGUCCACGCGGGCGCUGGAGGCCGCCGAGGACCUGGGCUACGCCGGGCUGGCCGCGCUCACCGGGGGCUUGGGGGGCCCGGUGGCCAUGGGGGUGCAGCUGGGGUUACAGCCGGGGCUCAAGGCCGGCGUGCGGGCGCUCGUCGGGUACUUCACGUCGGCCGGGGAGCCCUCGCCGGUGCCCACCGCCCACAGCGGCGCCGUGGUCAUCGUCUGAAUAAAGGCCACGUGUGGCAUCCGGCGCUGGGUCGGUGUUUGGGGACGGAUCGAUGAGGGGUCACCCUGCCCUGGGGCUCCCGGACCUUGGCCACGUGGCGGCAGCUGGGCCGGGCUUGUUCCUGUCCCUUUGUGGCUCUGUCUCUGUCCCUGCAGGCCCUGUCCCCACAGCCAGCCCAUCCCAGCGGCCACGCUGCCUUGUCCCUGUCCCCAGGGCUCUCUCCCUCCAGCCUGUCCCUGUCCCCAGGGCUCUU